UCUCUUAUUCCUGCAACGUCUGCUGAACGUGGUGCGUUUGUCUGUGCUAAACUGCAAGUUGUUAGCCAUUCCUUGUGAAUUAUCUGCCGAUCUCUCAAAGCUGGAGUAUGUGGACAUCAGUGACAACAUUUUUAGUGAUCUGGCCCUUAGCCAAAUGAUGUGCGAGGGCAAAGGUGUUUUUUUGAGUCUGAAAACCAUCAAUAUCAGCAGGAAUUACCUGCAGUCAAUCAACAGCCAGCUCUUCACCAAACUAGAUAAGCUUGAAAACAUUGACAUGAGUGGAAAUAUGUUUCAUAGAAUGCCUGAGACUUGUUACUGGCCGCCAAGUCUCCAAUUCUUAAACCUUUCAUCAGCGCAUUUAACAAAAGUGACCACUUGUUUGCCGAUAAAUUUACACAUCCUCGAUCUAUCAGACAAUGCCUUGACUGUGUUCAACAUCGAACUAUCUUUUCUCACAGAGUUAUACAUCUCUGGAAACAAGCUCAGUAGUUUGCCAGGUGGGGGUUUAUACCCUGGUCUCGCAUUUCUCUCCAUUCAAAACAACGACUUACACACGUUCAGCAGUAAUAAUCUAAACGAUUAUAAUAAUCUGAAGCGUCUGGAGGCUGGUGCUAACAUGUAUGUCUGUUCAUGUGACUUUGUAGCGUUCAUGACAGGUGACUCGACGACUCAUCGCGUCACAAUUGGAGAUGGAUUCAAGUCGUAUAUCUGUGACUCCCCUGAUACCGUGAGAGGAGAGAGUGUGGUAGACGUGAGGUUGACAGUGUUUGAGUGCCACAUAGCUUUAGCUUUUACUUUACUCUGCUUAGGCAUCCUGGGAGUGUUUCUGCUCAUCUUAGGUUUGUGUCACAAAUUCAGCAUUGUGUGGUAUAUCAUGAUGACCUGGGUCUGGCUGAGAGCUAAGAGGAAGCCAAAGUUAAAAAAGGGAGAGCUCGAGUAUGACGCCUUUGUGUCCUACAGUGAAAUGGACUCUGGUUGGGUGGAAGCACAUUUGGUCCCGGAGCUCGAGCAGGCCGAGCCUCCUCUCCAACUCUGCCUCCACAAGAGAGACUUUGUGGCUGUAUUGGACAACAUCAUGGACGCCAUCGAGAAGAGUCACAAAACUCUGUUUGUCCUUUCUCAGCAUUUUGUCAGGAGUGAAUGGUGCAAGUACGAACUGGAUUACACCCAUUUUAGAUUGUUUGACCAAAAUGACGACGCAGUGGUGCUGAUUCUGUUGGAGCCCAUUGACAAAGAGACCAUCCCCAAAAAGUUCUGUAAGCUGUGGAGAGUCAUGAACUCCAGGACUUACCUGGAGUGGCCUGAUGAUGACAACCAGAUCCCCAGGUUCUGGCAAAGCUUGAGAACAGCUAUUAAAACACCUGAGACUGAGAAUAGAAACUGUUUAAUUGACACUGUGGACUUAUAAUUUAGUGUUUUGCUUUGCAGUUUUUUAAAAUCUGUGACUUUUGAGAGCCUUUCAGUGCUAUUUUCAGUAGGUGGGUAAAUGUGACAAAAGCCUAAGAAUUGGUUUGUCUCAAUAAAAUAUCUGUGGUCAGCUGAUAAA